CUACCUUCUAUAUACGACUGCUGCUGUACCUCCCCACCUUCCUUAUUCUUUUUUUUUCCCCUUAUAAUUUCCUCUCUCCCUCCCCUUUUCUCUCGUUCAGACAAGGAGGGAGUAAGUAAAGAGGGUGGAAGAAGCGCCGACGAUCGGUACCACAGUCUACACCGAGGGGAUCACCAGUCGCUCCGUGACUCCCGCGCGAGAAACAACUUCCGUCUUCUCUGCUCUCUCUCUCUCUGCUUUUCUCACUGCCGCAAAGUUCGUCGUUUUGGUUUUGUUUUUGGCGCAAAAGUUUCCAUUAAAAAAAACUAAAUAAGAACUCGGUGUGGUGAAUUUUGAUUCGCUUCGUUGUUAUACUUUUACAAAACUUCGUUUAUUUUUUAAAACUUUUGGGGGUGUGUGUGUUGAUCGACGGACUUGGUUUUAUUUUCGGAUGCGCGCCCAAAAGUGUGUUGGCCAUUGACAGCAACAAACACACCCCCUCGCUGACGGUUAUUUCCUUCCGGACAUCUCUAUGCUAUAACAGCUUUCCAUUAACAGAUUGAUAUUGUCUUGUUGCCUUUCGGAUUCAUUUGUGGCUGCUAGUCAUCCGGAAUCCAUCGGUUUGGCGGAUGCGUUCGUCGCUUUGUGCUGGUUGACUAUUUUGGAGACCAAAUGGUCUUGAAUGGGUUCUGACGCUGCCGCGACCCUCAACCACAAUGAACCAGCCUCUCCUGAUCAGACGGUUGUUUACGAUGUCUUGGCUCCUGGUAGCUUUCGGAUUUCUCCUAGCGGCUUCAUCGGCCUCGGCCUCCAAUCGCGAAAAGCUAGCCGGCUCACACCAGCAACUUGGACGGAUGACUCACCAGCACCACCGACGCAACGGCACUUUGCGAAAUGGCGGCGUGAAACGGGCGGCGGGGCCAGCAACGGGGACGACGACCGUCAAAUCGACGUCAUCCGACGCCCUGUCCAAUUCCCCUCCGUUCGUGGUGGCCGAAGCGGAGCCGUCGCCACACAAGACGAUGAUAGCCGUCCAGACGUCGCUCAACGGCAACAUCUUCAUGCACUGCCCAGUGGACAUGACGGAAGACUUUCAGGUCUCCUGGGUGCGGUUACCCGACUGGCGAAUCGUGGCUUCGGGGCGGAACAUUUAUAACAAGGAUGAACGAUUCCGGGUCCUGCACGUCGAAGGCACCGACGAGUGGACGCUGCAGAUCAAGUACGCUGCCCUGGUCGACCAAGGACUCUACGAAUGUCAGGUUUCCACCGAAACGGGGAUCAUGAUUUACUAUUACAACGUCAGUGUCAUCGUGCCGGACACGUCCAUCGUCGGAGGAAGCGAGUAUCACGUCGACAUGGGCAGCGCCAUCCAGCUGACUUGCAUCAUCAGAAAUAUUCCUCAGGAGCCGCAGUUUGUCUUCUGGUAUCACAACGACCGGAUGAUCAAUUAUGACUCAAUAGCUGACAGUGGCAGUAGCAGCAGUUCGGGGUCGAAGACUUCCAGCGAGGCCGGCAGCAGCUCGUCCAGCGACCGAAACGGGAGCCGGACGAGGGCAAAGACCCGCCCGCGCGUGGAAGUGAUCACCGAAAUUGAAAACAAUUCAAUGACGGACGAUCGCGAGCAGCAGCCAGCCGAAGGUGCAGCAGCUGCAGCGGCAGAUCGAAGUGUCACUAGUCAGUUGACGAUACGCCACGUCACCGAUCUGGACUCGGGCAACUACACUUGCGCCCCGUCCAACGCCGAGCCGGCCAGCACCAUGGUCUACGUCUCCGAAGGAGACGACGCCGCCGCCGCCAUUCAAGUCAGCGUCGGAGAGACGACAAAUGUCAGCGACGUCGUGCCAGCCAAUUCGGCCGUUUCGGCCGCUUCAUCGCCCAUUUCCACAGCAGCUGCGGCCGCCUGUACGACGAGUCGAACGUCGCCGUUUGCGCUCCUUUUCCUUUCAUCCUGCCUCCUGGCAUUGGCCAACCGUCAAGUCGACCCAAGGUGAUUUGUCUUUUCUCACGACCGUGGAGAACAGACAGCAAAAAAAAAAUAAUAAAAACACAAAAUGUUUUUCACUCGAAAAUGAAAGGGAAAAAACAAAACAAAAACAAACAAAAAUAACAGAUGGGCCUCGACUGAUUUGCUUAUCGUGUCAUCAUUUUUACUAAUACCUGAUUUCGGUGUGUUUCAUUUUUAACGAGAGGAGAGAGAGAAAACUACAUCCGUUGAAUGCCGAUGCUCCUCAUAAUUGAUUUCAAAGAUAUAUUUAUAAAGAAAAACAAACAAACAAACAGUAUACAUACUAACUACAUACAGUUUUACAAUGGCUGAAUAGUCACUUGAUUCCUCUGGUAUAUACGUGUAAAGUAUUAUUGCAAUGUCAAACAUUUAUUGAUAUUUAUUCGAUGUCAAUUUCAACCCUGAGCCCACAACAGUGAAAUUAUAAUCUCCGUGUUUUCAUAUUUGAGUUGGAUUCGAUUGAGACUCUCAGUCUGGCUGAUAUUAUAUUUACGGUUGUCAUCAUCCUCUUCGAUUCGUCUAUAGCUCCAUUUCCAAUCGAUAGGUUUUCCACGUGGAAAAAUUGUUGAUUCUAUUGAUUGGCUGAGAUUGAUUGACGUGUGUAAAACCCCCCUUUCAUUAAAAAAAAAAAGCUGGUGUUAUAUCACAUAAUUUUAAUUUGCUUAUUAUGUCAGCCGAUUGUUGUCAAUAAUCCAAUAUGCGAAUUGCAGCUACUGUAAUAGUGUGUGACAUUUGUUUACCCAUCCCUUGAUAAAAAUGACACGAGAUGGGUAGACGACAUUUCCUGCACUAUUUACAUCAGUACCUGUGGAAACUGCACGUAAAAUGAGACGGUCAGAGAUGAUAAAACUGAUAUUCAUAUGUGUGUAUUGUACAGAGUGAACGAAAUUUAGCUUUAUGAAUACAUAAGUGGUGAAGUGUGUGCUCGGCGUUCCCAGCAUCCCAGGUAUGACGACUUGUGUUCUCGAUUGAGUUUUUAUCACCCAUUUGUUAUUUUAUGAUGUGUUGAUUGCAGUAUUACUAAAUUAUGAACCACAUAUACAUAUUUUGCUUUGAUUACUAUUUGAUUUCAUUGUCGGUCAAUGAUUUAUACCAACUCACUAAAUAACAUUUAUUGCAAACCUAACUUUCUGAUCGUUUGUCAAACUUUGUAAUUUUGAUAUUUUGGUUUGAUUUUGUGUCCAUAAAUUCAAUUAACCAAUGUUUCGUUUCUUUCUUUCUUUUUUUUUAAGUUUGUCAUCUCAUUAAUUUUCCAAGUCCUGAUCAUACUCAAAAGCCCCAUCUCAUCAUCACAGCGCGUGUAUAUCUUCUCGAAACUGUGUAUAUAUGCCGCGUGGUGAUUGUGUCAAGAGAGAGGAGCAACAGCCAAUACAUUCUGACAUUUAAAAGGAAAAAAAAAAACCUGUUGACGACGACACAAAGAAAGCCAGCAAGCUUCUGAGAAAGACAACGGCUUGUCUGCAGUGACCCAGGCCGUCUCCAUUGUUAGAUCAAGACCCACCGAGAGCUCUGCAAGGGAGAUCCGACACGAUAACAACGACCACAUCGCUACUACUACCCUACUACAAGAUUGGGUUUAGAAUCCAAAUCGUAAAUCACGCGGCCUCAGCGCGUAAAUCUUCCGACUUUACCCUCUUUAAGUCCGAGUUAAAUUCCACUUAAUUGAGUUGACAGAAGUGUCAACGUAAGCGGGGUGGGUUUAACACAGGCCUUCUUCCUCUGUCGCUUUCUCCACCCAAGUUCACAAUCCGACUCUUCCCGUAUAUAAAGGGUUUGCAUUUGCGAUGCUAACCAGUCUAUUCUUCACCUGUUAUUGACCCCGGUACGAGACCGACUGGAUCAGCCACUGAAUUCACGCUCUACUCGAAAGUGCCAUGACCUUGAUUUAUCCGAAGUCCGAACAAGCUUCACUGGCAUCGCUGCUCUAGACGCGUCCGGGCACGUCUGAACAUGCCGAAUUUCGUACAGUCACGUCUGGUACCAAAUAGCGUGAGUUUUUCCCGACGUAUCAGCAGUGUUCCUCGAGCGCUCUGACUCACCACUUCAGCCACUAUCGUCCAGAAUCUCUUCCGGCCACUCUCUCCGAUUGCUCUCAUAUUUGUCAAGAACGAUCACGGCACCUGAAUUCUCAUUUGCAGUGGAUUCUCCGUCUCAUAUUCUAUCGCAGUCUGUUCUGCACACAUUUAAAGGAAAAUCAGAAAAAAAUUGGACUAUUUUGUGAAAAUCUGACAUGAAUUUUCCAGGAUUUAUAUUUGAUUCUCACGACAAUGUUGUUACAUACAUUGAUGGAGCUUGUCCGUUUAAUGGCUAUCCGCAUGCUAAGGGAGGGAUAGGUGUAUGGUUCGGCGACGAUCAUCCCUUAAACGUGAGCGAGCCAUUGGAUCGCGAAGGAUUUCCUCCCACCAACCAGGUGGCGGAAAUUAAAGCCUGCAUCAGAGCUUGUCAAAUCUUAAAAGAUUUUGGCUUUAGACGCGUGUCAUUUUACACAGAUUCGCAAUAUCUAAUAGAUUCAAUGACCAACUGGAUCUACAAAUGGCUCAAUAACGGCUGGUUAAAAUCUGACGGAACACCGCUAAAGCAUAAGCAUUAUUACCAGGAGCUGCUUGAUUUAAUAGAUAAUUUUAAAGUUAACUGGGUACACAUUCCAUCGGCGGAGAACAAAGCCGACCGUUUGGCAAAGAAAGGCGCCGAAAAAUAUUGAAGAACGACUCUCUCUGAGCUGGCUCUUAUUUUGUUUCUCUGAAAUCUCAAAGACUGUCAUGCUAGACAUGCAAAAAUUCAAUAAAUAAACUCAAUGGUUUACAUUUA